AUGCCGCCUUCAAUCAGUCGAACGACGCUGAGGUACGGCAUCAACUACAGCCAGUCUGAAGCCUUUGGCCUCAACAGCAUAGAUACAGGCUUCAGCAAGCUCUCAACAGCUGGAAAUACUAGAUGGACUGUACAAGAUUCUGAUUCAUCGCCGACAACAGAGUCCAGGACAUCCUCUGGAGUAGCACAUCGGCUGCAGGCCACUCGUUCGGUCCUCUCACUAGCUAUUGGCAGAGACUGUGUAUUCGCCGGGCUUCAAGGUGGAGAUAUUGUCGCAUGGUCACUCUCUACUUAUGAGCCCAUCACUUCAGUGGCAGCACACCAAGAGAGUGUCCUUGGGCUUCAUUUGUCCCCAGAUAAGGAGCUCUUGUUCUCUAGCGGCGGAGACUCUACUGUCUGGCGUACAAGGACAUUCGAGCAGUUAUACUCCAUAGAGUCACAUCAUGACCCCGGGGACAUAUUCACUACUGUAUACUCGUCCGAUCGAGGGACUGUGUAUUGCGGUGGCCAGAACACGAGCAUCCAGUGGUGUGAUCUUCAGCAAGGUGAUAUACCAGAAACACUUGCAAGAAACGCCAAUAAGCCGCAUAAGUUUUUUGACUCUACAGGCCCUGGAGCUACGGGACCAAUCUCUAACCCUCGCCAGAACGGUGUUGAGAACCAUCAGGGCCAGAAAUUGUACUUUAGGAAAGACCAGCACAGGCUAUUUGCCCAUAAUGGGUAUGUAUACUGCAUGCGACUCGUUCGAGGCUUGAUCGAAAAUAGUGGCCGGGAGGUUCUAUUGACAGGUUCUGGUGACGGCUCUGUUAAGAUUUGGGAACUUGGCCAAGGCCCGGAUGCGGCACCAAAGGAGCUGUUUACGCUUCAGAAUAGAGAUGAGUCAGUCCUAUCUAUCUCGGUCGAUGGGACGUUCCUUUACUGUGGCCUGUCAGGAGGAGCAAUCAACGUCUGGAAUCUAGAGUCUAGACAGAUCAUAAAAACGAUCUGUAGUCAUACGGGUGAUGUGUGGGCAAUCGACAUCAUUAAAGGAUUUAUCCUCAGCGGCGAUUCAGAUGGCACUGUGAAGAAAUUCAACUCUCGCUUUGAGGACCUCGGAACGUGGACCGCCCAUGAUGGGAAAAUGCUUUCUUCUACGUCCGGAAACGUCAAGAAUAGAUGGAUAUUUGCCACAGGUGGUAACGACAACACCGUUGCCCUUUGGGAUCUAACGGAUGGGAAAACCGAGUCCCAGGAAAUACCCGCCAUUAGCAACGAUGAGAUGGUAAACACAUUGGCGAAAUUUAUCGGCUUCAAAACUAUUUCAGGAUGCUCAGAUUUUGCGGGUGAAUGCAACCAGGGAGCAACCUUCCUCCGCAGACACUGCAAGUAUCUAGGGGCUCAAACGAAACUACUCGGAACAGGACAAAAGAAAAAUCCCAUUGUAUUUGCGAAAUUUCCCGCUAAUUCGUCCACAAAAAAGGACAAAUCCAUUCUUUUCUAUGGCCAUUAUGAUGUCGUCGGCGCUAGUGCAAGUCACCCUAAGUGGAAUACCGACCCAUUCCACUUAACUUCUCUAAACGGGUACUUGUAUGGCCGUGGGGUCUCAGACAAUAAAGGACCAUCCCUUUCUGCCCUUUACGCGGCCGCAGAACUAUACCAGCUAAAGCAGCUGUCAUAUAACGUUGUAUUCCUCAUCGAAGGAGAGGAAGAAUCUGGUUCCCACGGAUUUCAACAGGCCAUCCGUGAAAACAAAAGCCUGAUCGGUCCUAUUGACUGGAUUCUUCUGGCUAACAGUUACUGGCUAGAUGAUCACAUUCCUUGCCUAACGUAUGGGUUACGAGGGGUGAUACACGCAAACAUAGUGGUAUCAAGCAACCAGCCGGAUCUCCACAGUGGAAUUGAUGGAAGUUCGCUCCUUGAUGAACCACUUAAAGACUUGACAUUGCUUCUAGGAACAAUCGUCGGGCCCAAGGGGGCCAUCAACCUUCCUGGCUUUUAUGAUCCUGUUUUACCUUUAUCACCAGCUGAAAAGGCACGCUAUGAUGCUAUUGCCGAAGCACUAUUACCGCAUCACCCCGAAAUUAAAAACUUUGAAUCGUUUACGAAAUCCCUUAUGCAUCGUUGGCGCGAACCAUCACUUACUAUCCACUGCAUUGAUAUCCCUAGCUGCAAAAAGUCAACCACUACUAUAUCAAGGAAGGCCAAAGCGGCGCUAUCCAUCCGUAUAGUACCGAACCAAGAUGCAGACAAAGUGGCAGAGGACUUCAUUAACUACGCUCAAUCCCAAUUUGCCGAGUUCAAUUCCCAAAAUACUCUUACCGUCGAAAUAACCGGAACGGCAGAUCCGUGGCUUGGAGACCCAGAUAAUGAGCUAUUUGAAACUCUUUCUCGGGCUGUGACGUCUGCAUGGACCAAGCAAAGCAACGGUGAUAAGGAUUAUAGCUAUCCUCCGCCAGAUAAAUCAAAACUACGAUCUCGCCCUGGGCCAUUCCAUACCGAUUCCUCGGACAGUACAUUGAACAUGGAGCAUAUCCUUACCUCUUCAUCCUCGCCCAAGUCACCUGCUUCGGGGCAGAAACAGUACAUCCCCACGUCUUCGACAUUAGUCGAUCCAUCAGCCACCUCUACCUCAAAUAGCGCCAAAGAUGCUCCAAGCCCGGAUACCGAAAGAGAACAGUCACCUACAUCUCAAGAGAAAGUAUCGGGCCCCGCCACUAUGAAAGCCCAGACAGGUUAUAACGGUAGUAGCCCCAUGAAGCCCAUUUACAUACGUGAAGGAGGAUCUAUUCCUACCAUCCGCCUCUUGGAGAAAGAACUUGGUGCUCCAGCAGCGCAUUUACCUUGCGGCCAAGCGAGUGAUAAUGCCCAUUUAGAUAAUGAACGAUUAAGGAUCCAAAAUUUGUACAACAGCCGUGAGAUUUUCAAGAGCAUGUUUUCUGGAAUUUAG